CGUUUCCAACGCGCUUCAGCAGCGCGCAGAGGAGCUCCCCGACGCCAAGGGAGGAUGAAUAGAUCCACGGAUCGCAGACAUGGGAGGCUUUUAUUGUGACAUACCUCGCCGAUUCACAAUUUUCUACUUUUAUAUGAUGUGUUAUGGUCGUUUUUAUGCGCAUUAACCGAACUACUCUGGGCUCGGAGGUCCAACACCGCUCUACGCACCGUUUCCUGGUUGAAACGCCUUCUGGGUUGCAUAAACUGUGAAAGCCACGUCUUGGUUACUCGCGGUUAUGUGGUAGUUCACACAGAGGAGGCCGUGUGCGAUUUGAUCCAGGAAUGUUGGCAUGGCCACCUCGGGAGCACAUAAGUGUCCGAAGAGUGAGAAGUUGGACGAAGCGCAGGCUUUGGCCAGGAGCUGCGCAGGGAGACCCGACUUCUUGCCUUGUGAUGGAUUGUCCAUCUGCGCUACACACAGCCACGGGAAGUGCUUCAAGCUGCACUGGUGCUGUCACUUGGGCUGGUGUCACUGUAAGUAUGUGUACCAGCCCAUGACCAGUGUGUGCCAGCUCCCCAGCACGGCCGUGCCUCCUGUUGCGACAGAGUACAGUAACACCAUCAACCUGUCCGUCUCUCUGGCUGAGCGCUUCCUCAAGAUCGCCCCCUGCUUCCAAUCACCGCCUCACCUUGAGUCACCCAAGUACUGCGUCAUCGCAGACCUGUUUGUGGACGACUAUAUUGUCAAGCGCAUCAACGGAAAGAUGUGCUACGUGCAGCGCCCCCCGCCUCCCUUACCGGAACCGCCUCAUCCACCCACGCCUCCCCCAUCCGCACCUCCUGCCCCGCAGACGCCCCAGAAUCCCAGUCAACCCCGGCAGCCGGCUCAGCCCGCACAGCAAACCCAGCACACGCCCGCACCUGCACAGCCAGCCCAGCCGGCGCACACUGAACACAAGCACCCCGGCCCCGUGGACAAGGUGAAGGGCCCCAAAAUGGACCACUGCUCCUCCCCGUCCAGCUCCGAGGACUCUGGCAUCAACGCGCUGGGUCUGCACUACCUGGAGUCCUGCGAGGAGGAGAGUGAAGAGGAGGAGGAUGACGAGCUGAGCACAGAUGGAAACUCGAGCCCCGGAAGCCUGUGGGAUCAGGACGAGUGCUCUCUGCUGUCUCCCUCCAAGUCCAUGAUAGAGAUCAUUGAAAAGAUUGAAACAACUGUGUAACUCGGACAUGCCUUUUACCUGGGCUCAGAGACAUGUGAGAGCACAUAACAGUCUCAUAUUACUGAAAAAAAAAACAACCUUAGGAUUUAUUUUAGAUGGACCUAUAUAAUUUAAACCCCUCUCUAAAGCCCACGGGGUGCUUUGCUUGGUUUUGAAAUGGAGUGUGUUUUCCUACAGGUGGAAAAGGGAACACCACCUUUCGGACUGUACAUCUUUUCCCGCACACUGCCUCCCCUCUGUCCACACCCCCUGCAUGGUAUGAAUUUAUACUCUUUCACAAAAUAGAAAGAGAAAAACACACCCAUUGAACACCUGCACAGUGGACCAAAUCGACGUUUUCAUUAUCCUCCUAUACAUUCAUGUAUUGAGAAAAAAGAAAUUUAAAAAUAAAAAAAAAAAAAGAAUGUAGGUGCACCUCGGUUAGAAGAGGAUAGGAGAAAGGAGCUUUCACUAUCUUCUCUUUAGUUAGACGUGACUUUUGCUACAUUAUGUAUGAAUGGAGGUGGCAUUAAAUAGAUUUCUUGAUGAGAAUGAGCGGUUAGGUAAUCCUUGUGUUCUCCAGUCAUCGACCAGGCAGUCGGUCAUGUUCUGAUUCAAGUAGGGGAGAAGCAUGCCAUUUCGGUGCUCUCUGGUCAGUGGCUCCACCCACACAUAUUAGUCACUCCAGCACUUCAAACAUAAUAACCAGAGGGCCAUCUACCUCUCACGGGCCUAAAGCACAUCAGCCUUUUAACCCAUUAAUUACUCAGCCUUGAACUGCGAAAACACACCUGCGUUUAGCGUGUGGCGAGAUCCGCUGGUCCACAGUUGUCUGCACUUUACUGACACCAACAAGAGCGGUGGGUCAGUGUUUGACAAUCACGGAUUAUUGUAACACAUAAGCACAUUCCUCUACUGUACCUGCCAGUGAAGACACAUGCAUCAGCCAAGGAUCCUCUACCUUGUAAAAAAAAUGCACUUGAUCAGACAUUAUUGAAUUGAUAGCCUCGUAUAGCAGUGCAGUAAAGUGGCUGUGGAGAUUUAUCGAUUUCCCCCGAAACGUGUGUUGCUUUUGCCGGCUGGAAGCGCCUAUUAUCGACCGCCUUUUAUGGUCAAGCUCACCAGGAAACCCCAGAUUUGCUGUUUCGGCGCGUUCCUGUCGAGGCUUCAUUAGUAGAGCUGGGUUAAAGGGGCAUUAAGUGAAAUAUGUCUUUUUACGGAGCCCUAUGUGCCACCGAGGACUCGUAACAACAUCGACAGGCCCCUGCCACAGCCUGCGAGCGCCGCUAAUUUUCACGACAGAGAUGAGAAAGAGAGCUAAUUCGAGAUUCAACAGGAACAUCCAGUGAGGAGGUAAUAUCAUAUAUCCCCAAGCAAAAUACUGUAGUAAUAAUGACACCGCCUUUUCUUUUUCUUGAGAGUGAAAUGUCUUGUGAUGCCGGUUAAAAAUGCGAGGAGGUGGGGAAGAGGACACGGAUGGGUGAGGAGGAUUUCAUGCAAAACAGAGCACAGGCCAGAAAGGGAGUUUUUAAAAGCCAGAAACCUCAGCGUUAGGUGAAGUAACGGCUGAGUCACUCACUGGUAUUGAUCAACAACUCUAUCGAAACCUCCACGAUAUAUUCUGGUCAUUUUAUGCUCUUUUGCAGUAGAUAUCUUACUCAGUGCACCUUUAAAGAGAAGAAAUCCUCCUGUAAGGACGAUGUUGACAAGUGCAAAUUGUGAUGUUGUGAUGGACAUAAAGACAAAGCACUCAGAUAUGAAAUUAGUAGGGCAGCCCCCUAAUAGUCAACAGUCGAAGUGAGAAACUCAGUUGAGCUCAAAUAUUUUUACUCCUUUUUUUUUUUUUUUUUUUUUUUUUUUAUUUGAAUGUUGGAUUUUUUUUUCCUGAGAUAUAUGAGCUACUAUCACAAAAAUACUCACAGAUAUGUAUUUCUACAUAAUCAACACCAGAUGUCAUUUUGCAUGACAGCAUUUAUUUGCAGGAGCUCCCUAAUGUCAAAAAAACAGCAAUUUGUGAAUUCAGUCGCCCAGAUCAAACGUCCAUGAGUCAAAGAGAAUUUUGUUUGUUUGUUUGUUUGUUUCGUUUGUUUAGCCAGGGACAGCCUCUAGAAAUUAGAUCCACUGAUCACAAUCACCUCUAAACGCAGUCCAAGACAUUUCUUAUGUUCCUGUAAUUGUUAUAUUAUUUUCAUAUGAAUAAAUCUUACCUUAAUCUUA